AUGACAACAGAUGGUGGAGGGUGGACUGUGUUUCAAAGACGCGACUACGAAUUGGUGAACUUUACCCGUGGGUGGCAAGACCAUAAAACCGGUUUUGGUAACCUGAAUGGUGAGUUUUGGUUGGGCCUUGAGAAAGUCUACCGACUGACCAAGAGACAAGUUACAAAACUGCGCAUUGAUCUGGAGGCUCCAACAGGGAACAAGGGAUAUGCUGUGUAUUCAUCGUUCUCUAUCUCCGACGAGAGUGAUUUUUAUCGCCUGGGAACGAGCGGAUACUCAGGCACUGCUGGAGAUGCCCUUGCGAAUUCUUCAAAUUCAUAUUGGAUCGCCAACAACAGGAGGUUUAGCACAUUUGAUAAGGAUAACGAUGCAUGUUCAUGUAAUUGUGCUCAGGGUGGAAAAUAUGGUUGGUGGUGGGGAUGGUGCAGUAUCUCGGGCCUUAAUGGUAAAGCUUGGGAUACCUUUGGUCAAACAAUCUUCAGGACCGAAAUGAAACUGAAAUAA